AUGGCCAACCCAUUUGAUGAAGACUUUAACCCAUUUGAUCAUUCAUUUGAGAUGCCACCUUAUAUGCCAUACACUCCACCGACUAAUCCAGAAGACCUGACACAAGAAGCGCCCCCUGAGUCAACUGCUGCUGAAUUUGAAAAAAAUGUUGGGUGUUCAUCACGAAUUAGUGAUGACAGUGUUCAUGACGCCGAUGAAAUGGUAUUCGACAUAAAUGAAGAUUUAGAGGGUACCACUGAUGUCCAAGAAGAUGAGGUACGAGUUGAUGCACCCAGAUCUAGUAUGGAAUUUGCAAGUGUGAAAGAGCUGACAGUCUACUAUAAGCAUUAUGCGAAACAACAGGGUUUUGGUGUAUGGAUACAGAGGACUAGGAGAGAUGAUGAUAGGACGCCAGUUUAUGUGACAGUUGGUUGUGCCCAUGGCGGAAAGUACCAACCUAAGAAUAAAAAUAUACACAACCACGUAACUGUAAGCCCCAAGAAGACUAGGCUAUUGCGAUCUCACAAGGUUCUAGAUGAAUACAGCCAAAGGGUCCUCGACUUGAAUGAUCAAGCCGGUAUACGACUGAAUAAGAACUUUUUUUCUCUUGUCGUUGAUGCAGGAGGUUUUGAGAAUUUUCAGUUUCAGGAGAAAGAUUGUCAGAAUUAUAUUGAUAAGGCAAGACAUUUACAGUUGGGUAAAGGAGGUGGAGAUGCACUUAAUCAGUAUUUCAAAAGAAUGAGAGACAAGAAUGAUGGGUUCGUUUCUGUCAUGGACGUGGAUGAUGAGGGGAGGUUACGAAAUGUCUUUUGGGCUGAUGCUCGUAGUCGAGCGGCCUAUGAGUAUUUUGGCGAUGUAGUAACCUUCGAUACUACGUACCUAACAAAUAGGUACAGAAUACCUUUUGCUCCAUUCGUUGGUGUUAACCAUCAUGGGUAG